AUGGUUUUUACAUCAAAUAAGGGGUCAAAUUCAGCCGUUACCAUACCUUCAUGUAUAUUUAUCUACGCAGAUUUACAUGUACAAUCUACAACCAUAAAGCCUCCAGCCCCAGAUGUAACAGUGACCUCUACAGAUAUAGCACCUACAGAAUCAGAGUGUAUAGACGCUAAGGAUGUUGACUGCAUACUUUAUAACCCAAAGAUUAUAUGUAACGACACGAGCAUCUACUAUCCAUGGGCCAGAGUCAGAUGUCCAUAUUACUGUGGAUUUUGCCAUCGUCCAACAUUAACAAUUCUUUGUAAAGACGAAAUCCCAACAUGUCGGGACUACAGCGCAGACCUGUGUACAAACCCUUUAUACAGAAUCUUCAGGGAAAGGAAAUGUAGAAAAUACUGUGGAAUAUGUAAAGAUUUUGAUUCUGUCCCAAACAUCGAUUCCUUGGUCGGAUGAUUCCUCUACAAAUAUUUGCUUUUUGUUAAGUUUGAUUACUUUUAAAAAAUGACAUUGCCUUUUCUUCAUGUAUAACAUAUCUAUGUAUUCAAUACACAUGUUUUUGUAUGAUA